UGUUUCUGUGUAAAACAGUAGUGGUGGAAUACCAGUCAUGUUACUGGCACUGAGUAUUUCGCUGCUUGUAUUACCUGCGUCUCUCUCUGCUCCAGUCAGAGAUGGCUGCACCACAGGCAAAAACAAACUACUGCUGACUAUCUUUGAUGGGUUCAGGUGGGACUACGACCGAGAUGUGGACACCCCAAACCUGGACAAAAUGGCUGAGGAAGGAGUCAAAGCAGCAUAUGUCACUCCACCUUACCUGACCAUUACCAGUCCUACACACUUCACUCUAUUAUCUGGAAGGUACAUUGAGAACCAUGGUGUGAUUCAUAACGUGUGGUUCAACACAACCACAGGACAAAGGAAAGAGUACUAUAUGACGCAGUUUGUGGAUGAAUACUGGGAUAAUGGCAGUCUACCCAUUUGGAUCACCGCUCAAAGACAGGGUUUAAAAACAGGAUCCUUACACUUCCCUGGCACUGCUGCCACUUACCAGAAAGAAACAAUUCAGGUGAGAGAGGUAGAACCAAGAGCCUAUGACUACACUAAUGAGACGGCAUGGAGGGAAAAUGUGGACAAGGUCAUGAAGGAAUGGUUUAAAGAUCAAGACUUAGACUUUGUCACUUUGUAUUUCGGUGACCCAGAUGAAACUGGCCACAAGCACGGGCCUGAUUCUCCAGAGCGCCGUGAGGCGGUCAAGAAAGUUGACCGAACUGUGGGCUACAUCCGGGAAUCUGCUGAGAAACAUGGACUCAGUGACCAUCUGAAUAUUAUCAUAACAGCUGACCAUGGAAUGACCACCGUGUUUAAAGGAGGGGAGGUAAAAGAAAUAGUUCUUACUGACAUCCCAGGAUUCUCUUACAAAGAUCUGCAGUUCCACCUAAUGGACUAUGGACCUUCUGCAAUGCUGUUGCCCAAGGAAGGGAUGGUUGACAAGGUUUAUCAAGCCUUGAAAGGAGGACAUCCAAACCUUCACGUUUAUAAAAAAGAAAACAUGCCUGCUCGACUGCAUUACUCCAAACAUCCACGCCUCCUGCCCAUAAUUCUCUAUGCAGACCCAGGAUAUGUCAUCAAUGGGUUUUACCCACUUCAGACCAAUAAAGGGGAACAUGGCUAUGACAAUGAGGCAAUGGACAUGAAGCCUUUCUUCAGGGCAGUGGGACCAGAUUUUCACAGAAACUUGUUGGUUGGACCAUUUGAGACCGUUAAUGUUUAUUCUCUAAUGUGCCACUUACUUGGGAUAAAGCCAGAAAUCAAUGACGGGUCACUGGAUAACACCCAACACAUGCUGAUAUCCAACGGAGAGUCCUGUGAUUCUGGAGGUAGAUCCAAAUAA